AUGUUCCUGCUGCUGAGAAUUGGAGAGGACUUGAAACGUGAAGCAAGAAUUGCCGAAUUCCAAAGGAAAAGAAGAGAAGAGAAAACUAAAAAGAAGAGAGUAUUGCUAGAGAAAAAAAUGGCAUACCACCUGAGGAAACUGCAAGAGCAUUCUUAUCAAAGUGUAGCAUUUGAAAGUCCUGUAAAGAGCCUGGACAAGCUUUUAUCAGAAAAACUACAGAUUAAAAAUGAAGAAGAAUGCGCAGUCGGCCCCUCUUGUCCAUCUUCUGUUCUCAGUGGAAACGAUGUUAGGAAAACUUCAUUCUCUUCACUAACAUUGGAAUAUGAUUUAAUGCAGAAAAACAGAGGUUCUUUACAGAAAGACUCAGAUUGUAGUGAGAUGCAUUUGGACAACAGCCUAAGUGGGAAAUGUGAGACAGGCCCCGAAUACACCAGCAGCAGCAGUGGCAAUGCCAUCAACCUGAAUCCCAGAGAAAACAGCGAAUGCAAAAACAGUGGAUGUGAAAACAGUGGAUGCGAAAACAGCGGAAACAUUGGCAAUUGUUCCACCUGUGCCUCCAGGGAGUGCUGUGAAGCAGCAAACAGUACGACCACCAGCAAAUUCUCUGUUUCCUCCUCUGGGGUUAAUCUAUCUAGUCAACCACCAGGUGAUGGACCUUUACCCUCUUCAGUGGUCUCUCAACAGAGCUCUGAAAUUGCUAAUGAUAUCACACACAGGAAAAGAGCAUCUUACCAGGAACAAGAAGUGCUAGAAAACAACAUGGCAUUAACAUUGCAGGAGAAUGAUUAUCAACAGAAAGAAAAUCAUGAAGAUCUGUAUACGCCAUUAUCUGAAUCCCAAGAGACUGUAAAUCAAGGUGAUAGUGAAAACAGUCCCUCUAGGCAACUUUCACUUCUCAACAAACUAUUAACUACAAAAACUUCACUCUCUUCAGUAACAUCUGAACAUGAUUAUGACACAAUACAGAGGAGGAGCAGAGGAUCUUUACAGAAAGACUUAGAUGCUAUUGAUGAAAAAGAUGUGUACAGAAAGCCAAGCAAAGAAUGUGAAGUGGGAGACAGUACAGUCAGUUCCUCUUGUCAACCUUCAUUUCUUAAUGAAACAGUUCAUACAAAAACUUCAAUCUCUUCAGUAACACCUGAACCUAAUUACAACCAGGUCAGGGGGAAGAACAGAGGAUCUUAUCAGAAUUACACAGGCAGUAUUGAUAGGAACAACUUGAACAGAAAUCAAAGUGAGGAAUAUGCACUGGAUGAGGAAAGCAAGGACACUGUUUCAUUCUGUUCCUUGGACCAUUCCUCCUCACAAGGAGGCACCAUCAACAACAGCAAUCCUGUUUACUGUGCAUCUGGCAAGUGUUCUGUACAAAACACCAGCAACUAUGAUGGCAAGGAUUUUGACUGUGAACUUAGCAAAAGCAGUAGAUAUGAGAACAGCAACAUGUGCAAUUUUUGUGACUGUACCACCACAGAGUGCUGUGACGAAGCAAGAAGUACCAACACUAGCAAAUUCCCCUUUUCUUUCUCUGGAACUGACCCCUCCAGUCAACCUUCACAUAAGGGCAGUUGUUUUAUAGAAUCUUUACUGUCUUCAGUGGUCUCCCCACAGAGCUUGGAUGAGAUUGGCUGUCUGAGAUACUAUCAAGAAAGAGCAUUGCUGCAGAACAAUUUAAAUAAAGAAAUUAAGAAUAAGUUAGAAAAAAUAUUGACCUGGGUUGUGGCUAAAGUAAACUGUGUCCUAUACUCAACUGUAACAGAGUACAACAAGAGAACUAAAGAUAAAGUAUAUGCAAUAUCCGAAGAGUCAAGACAGUCAUUAUGCAACUCUAGCAGUUGUCGCAUACCUAACGGAGAGAUCCGCAAUAUAUUUGGAAGUCUUCCUUCUUCCAGCACCAGAAAUGUCUUCUUUACAGAUGAGAACAUAAAAUCCACUAGCUCACCAAGUGAUCUCUACACAGUCGUAAGAGGGAAGCCACAGCAGUUCCAAAAACCAUUGUCCACAUCUCUGACAAAGAGCACACCGAUAUCUCUGGAAAAUGACAUUUAUAAGGGGAGAAAAGGAAUGACACCUCAGUAUCAUAAAAGACUGCACACAGAAGUUAUGUCUGGGUUUCCUAAAAGGAAGUUUAAUUCAGACAAGUAUCCUUUUAACCAAACUUACUCUAAACAAAAAUCUGCAAUAAAAGAUGCCAGGCCAAAAAAAUGGAUUUUGGACAAUAUAGAUUCAGACUGCAAACAAGAUCAUCCCAAAAGCGGCAUUUUUAAGAAGUUGUUUGCACAGCAGUCAAUAACAGAAGCUCAUGACAAUGACAGCUUGAUGCUGCUACAGGUGGCCAAGAAAGUUGUAAAGGAUAUUUUUAUGAGAGUAAGAGACCUGGAUCAUUCUGUCAGCAUUUUAAAGAAGGCCCCUAUUGAGAUGAGUGAAAAAUUGUUCUGUAGCCAUUUUAAAAGAACUGAUUAUCUUAAGACUUUUCAUAAAAAUUCUCAGAAAGAAGUGGAAUCAGUUGCUAAAGAGAUUGUAGAAACUGUUUUUGAGAACUUUCUCAAGUGUUUGGAGUCCAGCAUAGCAACUGCCACAGACCAAGAAGAACCUCUCCCAAGAAGAAAAGAGUGGGACUCUGCUAGGGGAAUGAACAGAGUUUUCAAAUCAGAAAGAAAUAAGUGUGCACAAUCAGAAUUACCCGUUUAUGACCCAACACUUCCUUUGGCUUCUAUUGAUAAAAUAGCCAAAGAGACUGUUGAAAAUGUUCUAAUCAUGCUAGAAUCAUUUGUGGCCUUUCAGUUUAAACAUGACUUUAACUGCAAAUUUUCUGAAAUAGUGAAAUUUCCUGUUGAAAAUAUCUCUAGUACACAACAGAUGCCACUCUCUCCCCAGGGAACAACUGAAAUAGAAAUGCCAGGAGCAGGUAAAAGAAUGCCAUCCGGGUUAGAACCAUACCCAAGUACUUCAGAUUUAUCAAGAGUUAGUAGUUGGAUUACAAAGGAAAGCAUACACGAUGCAGUUUUCAAAAUUCAAAGACUCCAUUCAGAAUUAAGCAUGUACGCUAGUAUUGUCGUUUAUGAUGUUCUUGAAAUCAUCCAACAGAAUCUAGAAAGGGAAAUUAAUCAGAGCGAAACAAAUGUGACAAAUGAGAUCAUUAGGACUAUAUUAGAUCGAUGUAGUCAACAGGUGGAUGAAUUUACUUCAGAGCUGAAGUUUGGAAAUCUACAAAUAGAAGAGUCUAGGCGAGUGUUUGCAAGUAAUAAAGGUCCUGGUCAUGGCACUGCAUGGUCUGAAAAAAUGAAAAUACCUGCCAGAAAAUUGAAAGAAAUUUGCCUAAGCAAAGACUUGCCAUCUUUUAACAUUCCUGGAAUGGUGUUUUACUCAGAAGAGGAGUCAGAAAUCGAAGAGGGUAUUCUAUCCAAUUUCCUCCCCACAGUCCUUCAGUUCUCUGAACAGAACACUCGCACCAAAUCAGAGGGGACCCAAAAGUCUCCUUACUACACUGCAGCUUCCAGACUGAGAUCUUCUAGGACAUCAAAGGAAAUAAAAACUAAAGAAAAAGCCUUUGCUUCCAAAAGGCCUCUGCCGCCCAUUGGCAGGCCACUCUCAAGAAAGCCCUGCUCUGCACAGGACACAAAGCCAAGUCCCAAAGGGGAAGUGACAUGGAGGCCCGUGUGUGAAGAGCAUGGGGAGCUCAUGACAAGUGAGCCCUCAUGUCGGGCCAAUGAUCUGUCACUUAAGACAUUAAUGGAAGAUCUAGUAAACAUAUUUGUGUCUACAAUCUUAAACUCAGUUUGUAGCACGGGCCCCAAGCAUAGAAGAUUGGCAGAAAGGGAUGCAAGUAAAAUUGCUGACCCACUUAAACAGACCAUAGAAAAAAUAAUGCCCCAAUAUGAAAUGGAUGUUGUAGGAAUUACAGAUGAAGAACAGUAUUCAAGUGAAGAGUAUGAAGAAACAGUUAAUCAAGUGGUCCAUUCUGCUUAUAGUAAUGUCUUGCAAGAAUCAGGAUCUCAGCAAGACAUUUGCGAUGAUGUAACGAGCCCCAGAAAAGUUUUCCCAAAACGAGUACCCAGCAUGAUACUGAGUGAAAUCUCCACUUGCAAUCUAAACUGCACUAUCAAUGAGGAUGAGCCUACAGAAAGCCCCAGUGCUACGAAUCUUCACAGAUUUGUUGAUAGAGCUCUUUCACAAGUCUCCAGUAUUAUACCAAAACAUGAGACAGAAGACUCUCCAGCGCUGAAAACAAAUGAACAAACAAAAGAAAUGCCACCAGAAGUAAAAGAUCUACCAAUUGAAAUAGCCCCUUGUAUUAAGAACAGACCAAUACAAAUAGAUCCAGAAAUUGUAGCAGAGCAUUUAGCAGUUAUUUCCAUAAAAACAGAGCCUCUUGAAACACCAAAUGCUGUGGGCUCCAGGAAAGCUAAAUUAAGUCAAACAGUGCUAAGAAAAGUAACAGAAUCAAAGGAGAGUUUUAUGGAUGCCGGUAUUGGUUAUGAACAAAGGAAAAAGUCACACAGACGGUCCUCUGUGACUACUUUAGGGCGGCUAGAUGUAAGACCAAGGGAACUGGUGUGCAGAAAUUCAUUUCGGAACCUGAAAAAACCUGACAUUGGUGCUGUGGAACUUUUAAAAGAUGUCCAGAACAAGAAUGAAUUCCUGGUGCGGCUGGUGACCUUUGAUACGGAGCAUAAGGAAGAUGAUGACCAUGAACUGCAGCAGGAAAGGGAGACUAACAUGUGCGUUAUAAAAGUGGAGUCUUCCUUAUUUUCGGAGAUUGAUCCACUCAGUGCAAGCGGAGAAGAUACCAAUGCUAGUUCGAGCCUGGAAGAGGUAGAACUCACUCAGUUCACUGUUCCCAAGGCAGCCCCAGACCUGUCCUCAACCACAGAUCUGCCAUCUGCUCAGAAGAAGAACAGUUACAUUUUAAGUGGGAACACUGGAGAAACAUCACCUGGCAGAGAGAGACAGAACAGAGGAAUUUGUGACAGCUCACCCCAACCUAAGGAUAUAGAAGUCACAUCUCACACUUUGGAGUCUGCCGUGCCCUGUGGAGAUCUUGGAUACAAGGAUUCCCCAUUCCAGGAAGAUACAGAGGUCUGCAGCCAGGUUGCUGAACUGACUUUACAGAAGAACCUUCAGCUCCUAGGCGUGAAUCCCAGGUGCUCCCAUGGUCCCCUGGAGAAAGACAUGGGUUACAACAUCUCCAAGGCUUGCUACCUGAGACUCCAACUGGAUAACCCAAGAAUCCUCAGCAACUCUGCUUGAACGGUCUGUCAGUUUCCCUGCCAUAGCUGAUAUUGGCUGGGCAGGCUCAUGUUGGAGACUUCCUGGACACUGACACCUUGUGGGAGUCACUUGGCUCUGAAGAAAAAGAUGUAUUGUGCUCGGAGAUGGAAACUUGGAACCUCAAACCAAGGGUGGUGGGAUGCUGCCCUCCCCUCACAGAUUCAUAGAUUCGUAGAUUGGAAGGGACCUUGCAAGAUCAUGGGGUCCAGCCCCCCUGAACUAGGCAGGAAAGACAACUG